AUGUUUCGUUUGUUACUUGUAGUUCUCUUACCUGCAUUCGCUUUAGCUACUGAAGGCAUUGUUCCAUGUAGCAAUGGAGCUCCCAUGCCGAAUAAAGUUCAUGUAGAUAAUUGUGAGAAAGUUCCUUGCAUUUUGCCACGCGGAGAUCAUUUGACUUCUAUCAUCGAUUUUGAGAGUCCUUCUUACUCUGAAACCCUGACUCUUAAAAACACAUGGCGCGAAAUAGCUUCUGGCUUAACAGGAGAAUUCCCGUUUCCAUCGAGCAUCAAGAACGCUUGUAACCAUUUGUUGAACGCAGCUUGUCCCGUAUACCCUUCCGAAGACAUUUCCUACAACUUGACGAUGCCCGUUUUGAAGUUGUAUCCGCCAAAGUUGGAUCUGGACUUGCAAAUUUCCGUAUGGAAUGACGAUGGCGAAGCUGCCUUCUGUUUCAACAUCUUGGCACGAACAUCUAGUUAAGGAAGCGAAAAUAAAUAUCUAAU